AUUAGGUCACUUGCCAUUUCUUCUGAUGGCUCCUUCAUUGCCACUACCUCACGCGAUAAGACCGUGCGCCUGUGGGACACACAGUCACACCAGCAGAUUGGACAGGCACCUGAACACACCGCAUAUCUUGAUUGCGUUGCAAUUUCUCUCAAUGGAGAACUGAUCGCAAGUGGAGACUCUGAUGGGAAGCUUCAGCUGUGGUCCAUCAAGAACUCGUUUGAGAUGAAUCCCUCAUACUUUGCACAUAGCAGUAAGGUCAAGUUGGGCCAAAUGUUGUAUGCGGAAGCACUUUUAGACGCAGAAAAGCUCAACCCUUCAUCUUAUGUCGGGUACGAACUGAAGCUUGCAGCGCUUCGUGGAGCGCAACGCUAUGAUGAUGCAUUCGAGGCCUUCACAAUCAUGCUCUCCAAGUUGGAUGAUCCACUCGACCCAGAGAUACUACAGCUACGCCAGCAAUACGUGAGACCAUCUGAAGUAGAAGACGCCAUUCAACGAGCCAUACACGCCCAACUGGAAAAUGCUCCUCUUCGUCUAAUCAACACUUCUACUGGACGCUUGUGCAAUCGAGAUGCACAGAUAAAUGCAUUCACGGAGAGUAUAGAGCAUAAAGAGCUUUUGCAUUCAUUGGUGAUGCAUGCGCCCCUCCGAAUGGAGCUCAUCGAGGAAGCGGUCAUCAAGCACUUCAGUUGGGUCAUGCUGUCCCAUAGGUGGGAAAGGAAGGAGCCGCUACUGCACGACAUUCAAGACAAGGUCAUAUAUGACUUGGAUCCUGUCGGAACCAUCGUGAAGUUGCAGAAAUUUUGCAAGGUUGCACACAAUGCAGGAUAUCGUUGGGCGUGGAGCGAUACAUGUUGUAUUGACCAGAACAACAAUGUAGAGCUUCAGCAAUCAGUCAACUCCAUGUUCGUCUGGUAUCACUACUCAGCGCUCACUGUUAUCUACCUAUCUGAUGUCCCCCACUCGUCAAAGUCGGGCGCGCUUGCAAACAGCAUCUGGAAUACGCGAGGAUGGACCGUUCAGGAGUUUCUCGCUCCCAAAAUCGUUAUCUUCUACCAGGCAGAUUGGACCCCAUAUCUCAACAACUUCUCACACAACCACAAGCAAUCUCUCAAUAUCAUGGAUGAAUUAGAGCAUUCAACUGGCAUCAAUGCGCGGGCGCUCGUCGACUUUCGUCCAGGGACAAGAGAUGUCCGAGAGAAACUCCGAUGGGCGUCAAACCGUGACACCACGAGGGAGGAAGACAUUGCCUACUCGCUGUUCGGCAUCUUCGAUGUCACCCUUCCUGUCAUCUAUGGAGAAAAAAGACAAAAGGCGCUCGGACGACUCUUGCAGGAGAUUAUAGCCCAUUCGGGCGACAUCACGGCCCUGGAUUGGGUGGGACAAUCAUCCAACUUCAACAGUUGUCUCCCAGCUGAGAUUUCCUCAUACAAGGCUCUGCCGUGCAUGUCACCAUCUAUAUCUGAAAACUACAUGCAGAAUUCGGUCUCCAUGCUGCCAGACAGUAUUGUGGCUAUUGCAGAGUCAGCUUCGAAAUUGUAUACCACUCUUGAGAACCUCAGCGUUCCUCGUUUCGCAAACGCCAGGUUGCAAUUGCCCUGCAUCACAUUUCCUCUCACAGAAGUCAGGCAGAGGCCCAAUGAAGACCGGAAUGGAUGUUCCACUUAUGACGUCAAGGCAAACGGUCUACAGGACCUGCGGGUCACAACGGAAGACAAGCUAGUUGAAUUCUGGCCUACAAGACGUACUCGGCAGACAUUCCUGCUCGUUCGUCCAUGGAAUCGGUAUGAUCUCGGGCUGAUCGACUUUACAGACGAGACGCAGAUCGUGGAAGAUUUGCCAAAUUCUGGAUCUCUUGGAUAUAACGAGCCGACUAUGCGAGAGUUGCGGUUGAUCGUUCGCCUCGGACAGCCUUUUGCCGCACUUUUGCUAGCGCAGCAGUGGGGUGGGGAGUAUAGAGAAUUGCUUCGGAUAACAAUAUCAUUGCACAAGUCAGGGACAUGGCAGCUGUUGAUGACAUGAUGGACAUCAGGAUGCUGGAAAUAUUGUAGCUUCGGAGAACGGGAUAUUUUCAUUUCAUAUCUUCCACAUGAACAAUAUCAUCUCGUAU